CGAAAAAAUAAAAAUGCAUAGUUAAACAUUAUGAGUUUUAUUUGGGGCUAAAGAAUUGGACAGUGAAAAAAGAAGCUAAUUGAACAUUGAGCAUGAAGAAGCUUCUCUUCCUCUUCACAAUACUCAUCUUCUCCAAGGCACUGGUGAAUGAAGUUAGGGCUUCCUUGCUAUAUCCAGUAGUUGUAAGCACUUGGCCUUUUUUGGAAGCCGUUAGAGCUGCCUGGAACGCCGUUGACGGUGGUUUUUCUGCGGUGGAUGCAGUUGUGGAAGGUUGUUCUGCUUGUGAAAAACUAAGAUGUGAUGGUACAGUUGGGCCUGGUGGAAGUCCAGACGAGAAUGGAGAAACUACACUUGAUGCCAUGGUGAUGGAUGGGGUAACAAUGGAGGUCGGCGCUGUUGCUGCUAUGAGAUAUGUGCCAGAGGGAAUUAAAGCUGCGAAGUUAGUGUUGGAGUAUACUAAACAUACUAUGCUUGUCGGGGAUCAAGCUUCAGCUUUUGCCAUUUCAAUGGGCCUUCCGGGGCCUACAAACCUAAGCUCAGUUGAGUCAAUAGAGAAGUGGACAAAAUGGAAAGAUAGUUCUUGCCAACCUAAUUUCCGGAAAAAUGUUAUCCCUAGAGAUAGUUGUGGUCCAUUCCAUCCCAAUGGGCCUUCAAUAAGAAGAUGCCUGAUGGAUAACGAGCUCAGGCCUAACGAAUUUGGAUCAGUUAAUGUAGGUUUACAUAGCCAUGAUACAAUAUCCAUGGCUGUCAUCGACCAAAUUGGACGGAUUGCCGUUGGAACAUCAACUAAUGGAGCCACAUUCAAGAUUCCCGGAAGGGUUGGUGAUGGACCUAUAGCAGGGUCUUCAGCAUAUGCGGAUGCUGAAGUUGGUGCUUGUGGAGCCACUGGGGAUGGUGAUAUUAUGAUGCGCUUCCUUCCCUGUUAUCAGGCUGUGGAGAAUAUGAGAUUAGGAAUGGAACCCAAACUUGCUGCAAAAGAUGCUAUAUCACGAAUUGCAAGGAAAUAUCCAAACUUUAUUGGCGCUCUAUUUGCAGUCAACCGAAAUGGAACUCAUGCAGGUGCAUGCCAUGGUUGGACUUUUCAGUACUCUGUCAGAAAUCCUGGGAUGAACGACGUUAAGGUUUUUACUGUUCACCCCCAGUGAUCCCUUUAGCAUACCCCGAUUCUAUUGAAGUUCUUUCUCUUCCAUAAAGCCGCAUCCUUAGUCUCUUUUGCAUAUUGCAGAAGAGAUAUGUCCUUCCAUAUCGUGAACCAUAAAAUUUGUCAUUGAUACAGCAAGUUCAAAUUUGACUAUUUGCAAUGACUAUCCUAUUAAGCUUCUAA